AUGGAUAUCAACUCUAGGGCUGAGCCCACAAGUAGCACAAAUCUUCAAACUGACCCAAAUUAUCUGACUUUGUCUCGCAUGCUCACUCGCUACCAGAACCUGAUACUACUUACACCGAUCCCAGAUGCGAAGCUCGAAGCCAGACUAGCUCCAUGGCAGAAGAAGGUGCAGGCCGAGCUGUGGUCGCCACUACCUUUUCAUCGUCUGCAAUGGCUACGCAGUAUCGAAGGAGCGCGAUCGUUAUUACUCAAGUUAGAACAAAGUGCACAGAGCAUUAAGGUGCAACGUACCAGGAGAGAAGUAGUCAGAGAUCUGGCUGAGAAGAGGACAGUGAUCAAACGCCUGCGAAAUCGCGUCGAAGAGAUUGGAAGAAGUGUCGAGGCUGAGGGUAGCCAAAAACAUACAUUCCAAUAUGUGGAUGACGGGCAGAGCGAGACGAUGUAUGAUGUCCUGCAACAGAUACGAAGAGAGAAUGGCCGAUCACAGGACGACGUUCAGUCUCCAUCAGCGGAGGCAGACGCAUCGGAAAUACAAACACACGUGCAGGAACAGGGAGACAUACGGAAGCAGCUCCUCGAUUCCAAUUCCAACAUUCGUCGACGGCAGGGUAAAGAUCCGGACAGCAACGCUGCGUCGAAAGGGAUAUCGUCAGGGUUUGCGAAUCUGGGAGGAACCGAAAAUGCUCUGCUUGCCUCUUCCAGAGAACACGAAGACAUCACCACCUCGCUCGUGAGUAUGGCCGCCCAGCUCAAGCAACAAGCACGACAGUUUCAAUUCACACUUGAUCAAGACAAAGGCUUGAUUGACAGAGCGCUCGAAGGUCUUGACCAAAACGUGUCGGCUAUGGGUCUUGCAAGCAAAGGAAUGAAGACCUUACAGCGCAUGAGUGAGGAGCAAGGCUGGUGGGGUCGAAUGAAGCUACACGCAUUGAUAUUUGGCCUGUGGACUGCGGCUAUUCUCUUGGUCUUUGUCGGUCCGAAGUUAAGGUUCUGA